GAGGCGGGGGCGCUGGAGGUGCGCUUGAUGGGGGCGACUGGAGGGCUCAUCUGCCGCCCAACUCACGGGAGAGGAUCGUCAACAAGAUAAUGGAGACUUUGAAGAGACAUCUUCCUGUUUCUGGUCCAGAGGAUUUGCGUGAACUCAAUAAAAUUGCCGUGAAGUUAGAAUGAAAAAUUUACGCUUCUGCAACAAGCCAGCCUUACUAUUUGAGGAAGAUAUCUUUGAAGAUGUUGAAAAUGGAGACAAAGUCUCAGAGUACCUUACCUAAUGCUUUGCCAUCGGGGAAUAGCAGUGAGGAAUUGGCAGGCAAACGUGCUCGGUUACCUCCUUCCAAUCAAGAUGAAAGGCGAAACUCAGUGGAUUACAUCAGCGAAUUGCCCGAUGCCAUAAUCCUUCAUAUCUUCUCCUUCAUGACCACAAAAGACGCUGUCAAAACCAGCGUCUUGUCCAAGCGAUGGCGUUCCACUUGGACCUCUAAUCAGUAUAUGAGUUUCUCUUUGCCCCUUGGCAGUAUCCUGAAGAGCUUCAUCACUUUUGUUGACUCGGUGCUGUUACGCUGCACCGCAAUUAAGGCAAAAAGAUUCCUCUAUGAUGGUCCUUGUUUCGCCUUGAUACAAUCAAGUCUUGAUAGGUGGCUCCAGUUUGCCAUCAAGCACGGUGUUGAAGAGGUAUCAGUAAACCUGCGUUACUUGCGCUACAAAGAUUUUCUGUUGCCGCGAAUCUUGUUCUGCUGCACCACGCUGGUGAAUUUGCAUGUGUCCCAAUGCUGUUUUAGGGUGUUCGGCACUGUGAAUUGGUGUUUGCUGAAGACAUUGCGCAUUGAUUAUGCAAAGUUGAACAAUGAUGGGAUGAUGAGAGUUUUGAGUGGCAGCCCUGUUCUAGAGUUCCUUGAGUUGAAAAGUUGCGUGGGCGUCAAGCACAUCAUGGUUGAAUCAAAAAGUUUUAGAGAGUUGGUGAUUGAUUCUCAUGUGUUUCGUGGUCGAGCUUCAAUGCUGAAAAUUUCGGCCCCACAUCUUCUCAAAUUGCGUCUAUUGGGCAAUUCUCGAGGGGGAAAGUUUAGACUAGAUGAAGUAUCUUCCUUGAUUGAGGCCGAGUUAAAUUUCAACAUGAAAAUUGCACUCGAUAAGGUUAAGGCUCGUGCCAAUCUUGUCAAGGGGCUUCUCAAGAGGCUGCAUCAUGUCAUGAAAUUAGUGAUGGGAAGCUGGUGCCUUCAGGUGCUGUUGCUAAUGGAGGAGAGAGAUAUGUCUCUUCCAUCCUUAGAAUGUCGGCAUCUGAUAUUACUCGGCACAGCAGGUCAUGAGGGAGCUCCUGAGGCUAUAGUGAAAAUACUCGAAAGUACGCGGCUCUUGGAGAAGUUAUUCUUACAAACAACUUGCACCCCAAUUCUGCGAUUGAGUUGAAUGCGGAGAGUGUAGGCCAUCGCAUCUUUGCUGGAGAAGAAUUUUGGAAUUUGGUAAGGGGGAGGAUCUAUCAGUGUUUGAUGCAUCUCAAGCAUGUUGAGAUUGUUGAUCGCGGUGCCAAUCUGCUGGCAUGGGAACCUGUUCUUUCCCUGCUCAAGUUUCUCCUCCAGAAUGCACUUUGGCUGGACGAAAUAGUGAUCAACAGUACCAAUUCCAAAUCAUCCCAAGCAUUUGAACCGUCACCGCUGCUUGAAGUGGCCCGGAUUCUUCAGUCGCACCCAAAGUGUUCUCCAGGGCCAAGGUCAUUCUUAGAUAUCCUUUCCAAGGAUGUCCGUCUGUGUAAAUCCUGAUCAUUUCGUCAACACCGGUGACUUCUUUUUCUCCGUUUUGUACCCCUGAAUUUUAGCUUAACAUUUUCAGGAGAUGUAAUUGUAUGUACCUGUCGCAAAUUAACCAAUUCGUUCUGA